UUAGUUGUAAGGAUUAAUAUUUAACUCUGUUCUAUGUAAUUCAGUCAGUCAAGGGGCACAGACACACCAUAAUAGUAGGAACACGUUUGAAUUUGAGAACAAUACGACAGCUCAUAGAAAUGAAGACGAUUCCAUUCAUCAACAUACACAGGAACCUGACAUGUUUGUAUCGUGCUGUGGGUGGAAUUCGGUGGAAGAGCAGCUACAAACAAGCUCCCCUACUGACAGCUGCUCCUACUCGGGCCCUCGUCGAUGAACAGAUCAGCAUUAAAGGACGUUUUCUGGCCCCACACUGUCCUGUCACAGUGUGUGCACAAAUGCACAGUGAGGAUGGUGACCUGUGGGAGGCAUUCGCACAUUAUUAUGCAAAGGCAGAUGGAACCGUCAACUUGACCAGGGAUCAUUCAGUCGGGGGCUCAUAUUUGGGCUGUGAGCCAAUGGGACUGUUCUGGGGACUGCAGCCGGCUCCUGGUUCAAGAGAGGGUUUGAGGCUAAGGAAGAAAAAUGUAGAGACUCCAUUUGUUGUUCAAGUGUCCUUACUGGAGGGCCACGUUUCGCCCAGUGAAGGACAGAGCGCUGAGCUGGCUGCUGUCACCACUGAGCGCUCGUACAUGGCACCAGGCGUACAAAGAAUAGAUAUUCGCCAGGAUGGAGUUGUUGCAACACUGUUUUUGCCACCUGGCCCAGGUCCAUUUCCAGCUGUACUGGAUCUGUGGGGAAUGGGCGGAGGGCUGGUAGAGUACCGCUCAGCUCUGUUUGCCUCCAGAGGCUAUGCAAGCUUGUCCCUUGCAUACAUAGGGCACCAAGAUUUGCCUGGCCCACCAAAUGCCGUGAACGUUGGUAAUUCAUAUUUCAAGACGGCUUUCCACCUACUGCAAAACCAUCAUCAGGUCUGUAAUGACAGAGUUGGAAUCAUUGGUCUCUCCUUUGGAGCCUACCUGACUCUUCGACUUGCCAUUCAGAAUGGUGUCAAGCCAUCCUGUUUGAUUUGUAUCAAUGGCCCUGUAGGAAGUACCACCAAGUUAUCAGAUGCGGAUGGCAGGACUGAAGAGUUUGAAAGUGACCGGAGGUAUUGGUCAUAUGAUGACCAAGGUAACGUCAGUUUCAGAGAGGUUUCCUUGCCUGCUAAACUUGAGAACAAAGUGAAGGUUGAGCUCCUCAGUUGUCCAUUAAUGUACAUAGUGGGUGAAGAUGACCUGAGCACUUCCAGUGUAGAGAACGCAAAUCUGAUCGAGGAGACCCUGAGGGCUGCAGGUAAAUCCCAUCUGCUCACCUGUUUGUCCUACCCUGGUGCUGGUCAUCUGAUUGAACCACCUUACACACCAAAUUCAAGACUGUCCCUGUGGCGCAACAAACCAAGAAAACUCAUGACUUUAUGGGGAGGUCAUCUCGCACCUCAUGCUGCUGCCCAGGAAGAUGCCUGGAAGAAGAUCCUGGAUUUUAUGGAGAGUAAUCUGAGACAGUGAAUCUGUGAUGAAUUGAACCUCUGAGAUAGACAUCAUCAUAAAUGUUACUGUGAAACGCUGCAUUUAUGUUCUACAUGGAGAGGGAAAAAACUUGCACAUUCAUUUUCAGUAGGCUGCAGAUUCUCCACAAGGGGACCGGGGUAGGGGGCUUUUUAAUUACUUGACCUGGCAAGAUAUUCAUUUUGGCAGCAGUUUAUUACCAAAGAUGUUUGGUUGACAGGUACAGCUGCACAUAUGACAGAUGGUUUACCUGUUAAAAAAUGAUGGCAUAAGAUUGUGCAGUUCAGACUGUUCAGACUUGAGGAAUACUAGAAAAAAAUCACAAAGCUGGUCAAAAUCGUCUUAGACCAAACCAUUUCGAGCCUCUCAAAGUCAACGAUGCUUUCUUGAAAAGACGGUCCUGACCAGACCAUGAAGCUUACUGGAGAUGAGUCGGGCUUAACGCAGAGUUGAUCCCAACUUGCUCUGACGAUAUGGACGCUUGGACAACAAGGAGACCCCGGACAUGAUAGGGAACACCUGACUGUUGCCUCAUCAAAGAGCUGAUUGGUUCAAAGGGUUCCGCAACAAUAAGACAUUUUAAAGAAACGUUUCGUGAACGGGAGUGUUGGAGAGGUUUUGAUUUUAUUUGUCUGGUUUUGAUGAUUUAUAUUAACAGAACAAGUCGAGAGACUAAAUGCAUUCACAUGGAAAACAGUAUACCACAGCUGUUGCAUAUUGCAUGUUAACGUUGGAAUGAUUUAAUUAAAGUAACAUGAAAAAAAACUUCAGGUGAAUGAGAUUUGAGCAUUAUUAAAAUAACAUCUAUUCUGUACGGAUGUGAAGCUACGGCAGAUCAGUGUUAUUGUCUUGUAUGUCUCCCAUGUGUCUGACGGCUGUUUUCAGUUUAUGUAACUUGAGAGGGACGAGUCUGCAAACUGAUAUGAUGCUGCAUUUACAUAAACAGAAAUCUCAGAUGUUAACACAGUAUGUCAAUUUCAUUUUUCAUUUCAAGCCUCUAUUUUGUCGGGUAGUCCUGACUGAGAUUAAAAUCUUGAUGAGAGGCUCGGCCAAGAUAGCACCACCCACAAAUCACAACAUAUUACAACAAACAA